AUGACGACGCACUACGAGGCCGACGACGUGUCCGACUCGGACGACUCGCAGACGACGCCCGAGACGCGGCCGCAUGGCCGGAAGCGCCAGCGCGACUUGCAGCUCGUGACGACGCUCGCGAGCGAAGCGAUGACGCUCGAAACGACGCUGUGGAAGAUGCGCCACGCCGUGAGUGAAAAGAUGGAAGCCGCGACGGCCUGGGAGCGAUCGGCGCGCCUCGAAGCCAUUGGCCGGCACACAUUAGAGGUCCAGCGCCGCAACCUCCAUCAAACCGUCGUGGCGCACUGCAAGGCGAUCCACUCGCUGCAGUCGCACCUCCUCAAGUCGGCGACGCUCUCGUCGAUCCCGAUGAAGCGGCCACGACGACACUACUUUAGCCCGUCGCCGCUGCCCGCGAUCGAGCGCGACGACACGAUCAUCGAUGCGUCCAAGCCACAUGGCGCCGUCAAGAUCGCAUCGCUCACAUCCGAGGCCAAGGAGCUCGUCUCGAUGCGCUGCCAGCUCAUCCAGCGGCUCGACCAAAAGGCGCGGGACGCUUCACCGUGGGAACUCAGUGCGCGACAGGAGACGCUGGACAUGCACUCGGCGCUCGUAGAGAACCGGAAUUUGAAGGCGUGUCUUGAAGAGUACAUGAAGUACCUCACCGCGCUUCGCUUCAUGGUACUCAAGUGCCCACUGGCCACUGACGAGGCCUUAACAACGACGACGAUGUAA